UCAACCAACCAUUAUUCCCCUUCACUUCACUGCCAGCCAUCUUUUGAAUCUUUGUGGAUCGGUCGAAGAUUUCUGUGACCCACUUUGUUUAAUAUUCACAUCAACCCUAAUAAACAACAAUCUUUCUUUCUGAUCUUGUUUUUGAUCGUCAGAAAAUAAUGAAGGAAGUUGCUGGAAACCCUCUGCAGUUGAAGUCGAUAAACCACAUCUCGCUAGUAUGCCGAUCGGUCGAAGAAUCUAUAGAUUUCUAUACGAACGUUCUUGGAUUCGUCCCGAUCAGAAGGCCUGGUUCUUUUGAUUUUGACGGUGCAUGGCUGUUUAACUUUGGAAUUGGGAUUCAUCUAUUGCAAUCAGAAAACCCGGAAAACAUGUCCAAGAAAAGCGAAAUAAACCCCAAAGAUAAUCAUAUAUCCUUCCAGUGUGAGAGCAUGGGGACAGUGGAGAAGAAACUGAAGGAGAUGGAAAUAGUUUACAAGAGACAACGAGUAGAAGAAGGUGGAAUCUACGUGGACCAGUUAUUCUUUCAUGAUCCAGAUGGGUUCAUGAUCGAGAUAUGCAACUGUGAUAACCUGCCGGUCAUCCCUAUUGCCGGAGAAAUGGUCCGAUCAUGCUCCCGGGUAAACUUAGAUAUUAUUAUUCCUCAGAAACAAAUUCAAACAUUUGUUCAGAUGUAAGCAUGUAUGGUCUUAUGGUUAUUUCAUUAUGUUUUUGGACUAUGGUUUGUGUUUUGUAAGGUGUAACCUUUAAGGUCGAUUUAGAGGUGUUAAUGUUAAUUAUGUAGUGUUUUGUUGUUUGUGAUAUUUAUGUGUUGAGUGUUCUUAAAUAAA